AUGUUGGCAGUUACAUUUGUCUCGUAUAGGUUCAAUAUUUGUGGAAAGCAUUCUAAUAUCAUGAAGGCCAAGAGGGGCCUUAGACAAUGUGACCUUGUGUCUCCCCUCCUUUUUGUGAUGAUUAUGGAAUACCUGCACAAAAGCAUUCACAAGCUCAAUAGAAUUCCUAAUUUUAACUUCCAUGCGAAGUGUGAAAAGCAUCAAAUUAUUAACAUUGCUUUUGCUGAUCAUUUACUUCUCUUUGAUAGGGGUGAUUGUAAAUAUGUGGAGCUCCUUAUGGAAAAAAUGAGGGCUUUCUCUAAUGCUACUGGGUUAUUCAUGAAUCCUUGCAAAUGUAAGGCUUAUUUUGGUGGAGUGCACCCUGAGGUGAAAAAUCAAAUCAUCUGCAUUAUUGGCUUUGUUGUUGGUGAUCUUCCUUUUAGGUACCUAGAUGUACCUCUCACUAGCAGGAAACUGGCAGUGCAUAAUUGCAUGGGUUUGGUGGACAUCAUUAUUAAAAGAAUCAGACACGGGAGUUUGAAGUUGUUGUCUUAUGCAUGUAGGGUGCAACUUAUUAACAACACUCUUUCUGCUAUGACAUCGUAUUGA